GUGCGUGUGCGCAGGGAGGGGGGCGGCGCCCUCCCUCCCCUCCGAGGCGGCGCUCGGGCUCAGCCGUUAGUCUCUUGCCCCCCCCCUCUCGGCCGUUUGAGGGAGGGGAAGGAGGCGGGGAAGAUUAACCCCCUCGUGCCCGCCCCGACGCUCCUUUCUCGUCUCGCUCUCUCUCCCCCCCUCCUCCUGCGACUGAGGCGGCGCUGAGGGGAGAGGGCGAGCGCGAGCCGGGGCCGGCCAGGCGCCCCGGUGCAUUGUGGGACGGAGUGGGGGCAAGCCGGAGCGGCGCGGGGAGUCCCGUCGGCGGGCGGGAGAGCAGCCGAGACGCGGAUAACAGCCCAACCUAUUUCAUAAAGAAGAAGAAAAUCUGCCGUUACUAACAGUGUGAGAAUCAUGUCUGUUCGAGAGUCCUUUAAUCCAGAAAGUUACGAACUUGACAAAAGUUUUCGGCUAACCCGAUUCACGGAACUUAAAGGCACUGGCUGUAAAGUGCCUCAGGACAUUUUGCAGAAAUUGCUCGAAUCUUUACAAGAAAAUCAUUUCCAGGAAGAUGAACAGUUUUUGGGGGCUGUUAUGCCAAGAUUGGGGAUUGGCAUGGAUACUUGCGUUAUUCCUUUGAGACACGGAGGUCUCUCUUUGGUCCAGACAACAGACUACAUUUAUCCCAUUGUGGACGACCCUUAUAUGAUGGGACGCAUCGCAUGUGCCAAUGUCCUUAGUGAUCUUUAUGCCAUGGGAGUCACCGAAUGUGACAAUAUGUUAAUGCUUCUUGGUAUCAGUAAUAAAAUGACAGACAGGGAAAGGGAUAAAAUCAUGCCUCUAAUUAUCCAAGGAUUUAAAGAUGCCGCAGAAGAGGCAGGAACAUCAGUGACUGGUGGUCAAACAGUAUUAAACCCUUGGAUUGUUUUAGGAGGAGUGGCCACAACUGUCUGUCAGCCUAAUGAGUUUAUAAUGCCAGAUAAUGCAGUCCCGGGUGAUGUGCUGGUGUUAACCAAACCAUUGGGAACACAAGUAGCUGUAGCUGUCCAUCAGUGGUUAGACAUCCCAGAAAAAUGGAAUAAAAUCAAGUUGGUCGUGACACAAGAAGACGUGGAACUUGCCUAUCAAGAGGCAAUGAUGAAUAUGGCAAGACUCAACAGAACAGCUGCAGGGCUCAUGCAUACGUUCAAUGCUCAUGCAGCCACGGACAUCACCGGCUUUGGAAUCCUGGGACACGCACAAAAUCUAGCAAAGCAGCAACGCAACGAAGUGUCCUUCGUUAUCCACAACCUCCCUGUUCUUGCCAAAAUGGCUGCAGUUAGCAAAGCUUGUGGGAAUAUGUUUGGUCUCAUGCAUGGGACUUGUCCAGAAACAUCAGGAGGCCUCCUUAUCUGUUUACCCCGGGAACAAGCAGCCCGUUUCUGCGCUGAGAUCAAGUCUCCAAAAUACGGCGAAGGUCACCAAGCAUGGAUUAUUGGGAUUGUAGAAAAGGGAAACCGCACUGCCAGGAUUAUAGACAAACCUCGAAUCAUCGAAGUCGCACCCCAAGUAGCCACGCAGAACGUAAACCCCACGCCCGGGGCAGCUUCUUAAUCCUAGAAGAAAUAGUUCUCUCUCUCUCUUUUUUUUUUUUGGUUUUGUUUUGUUUUUGUUUGUUUCAUUUUUAAAAAAAACAAAAAAUAGAUCUAUUUCCUUUAUCAUCUUACAGCCUAAAGAACUGUGUAUAAAAAAAAAAGAGAAGAAACACAUUGUGUCUGCAAAUCUGGUGGCCUUAGGUUGGUUGGAGCGAGUGAAUUUAACUCCCUUGCCUUUUUUCCCCUCUUUUUUUCCUCUCCCCUCCCUUUUCCUGUUACAUGAACUGAAGAUGCUCCUAUCUCGAGGCAGCUUCUGAGUUGAGAAUGAUAUUGUUAUCCAAUACGGUUGAUUCAUUUUGAAUCUUUAGACACUGAUCUCUCGCCGCACGGGCUCUUUUCUUAAAAGGUGCUUUCACGUAGCGUCCGGCAUUGCCCACCGUGGCAUCAAAUGCAAUUUGUGUCCUUUUUUUUUUAAAUAAAUAUUUUAAUUUUUUUUUUUUGAGGCUAUAUGUAUAUUUAUCACUAGCUCUAAUUUUGGAUGCCUUGAAUGAAAUUCCAAAAGGCAAUAAAAUUUUGAUGCACAAGGAACUGAACCCGGAAGCAAAGAGGGUUGUAUGUCUACCUACGUUCCGUCUUUUCAUUUAUACGAUUUAGUCGUCUUCUCCGUGAAAAUCUACGGCCUCGGACUUAGCAUGGUAGUACAGUCUGUUAACGGAAACACACAAGUGCUGCCUUCUACAGAGAGCACGUCAGAGUGUGAAGGAAGGAGUAAUUUUGUUAGCUCAGACAAUGUUUACUUUGUAUUACCAAUAAUCAUUUCCUUUUUAUCGAUGGUAUAAACGACAUGUCAGUUUUCAGCGGGAUGGGGUGUGCUGAGAAGCAGCAGAAAUAUUGCCAACUGAAGGGGAGGGUAUUCUAUAAUCAUUUACAAUUCACUAUAUAAUUACACAAUUAAUUUUAAAAAUAUAACCAAUUUUUUUUUAAAAAAAACCCUGUUCUGUGGAUGGUAGUGUUUAAUACAUUUUAUAUUUUGUAUAGUGAUUAUAUUUUUUUGCUUUUCUUAAAACCGGCUGUCUAGUAUGAUGCUUAGUAUUUUUGUUCGGCCUACAUUCUUGUGCACGCUUUUGUGAUGUGUUUAAAAGCUACGUUGCCAACUUUGCAGCCUGAACUUAAGCUUAUUAUUUGAAUAAAUAUUUAAUUUUUUUAUUGCUCUUGUGCAAGUGGAUGACUUUUUAACUUGUAUGCCUAAACUCUACUGGGAAGUGAGAACAAAGUGUUUAAAUCAGGUUGCUACCUUUAAAUUAAUUGCCACAAGUUUUUAAAAGGGUUUGUUUUUUCAUCUAAAGCUAUAUAGUAUUUAAUUCCCAGUAUCAUAAUGUAAAAUGUGACUAUUCAAACAUCAUGAUAGGUCAUAUGAAUACCUCUUCCUGCUAACAGUUGCACAUAUACAGUAAAUGUUUCUGAUUCCGGAAGCGUUUACUGAAAACCUGUAUUUUAAUCUGGUUGGCUUUUAUGUAUAAAAAUGUUUUUAAAAAAGAGAUUGUAACAGGCAGCUUUGCAAUAAGAACCUCUUCUUAUGCUUAUAGUUUUUAGAGAAUGAAUGAACCUGAAAUAGAGAAGUUAUUCUGAAAGAUCUCAUACAUGCAACAGCUCUUUUUGAGUGAAGAUACUUGUGUUCUUUGGUGGUUGGAUUUUACCUUUUUUUAUUUUUUUGUACACAAUAAUUUGGUAUUACACUCUUGCACAUUGUGAACUUGUCCUUAAAUUGUGAUUAUAUAAUUUUAAAACACAAAAAUUUUACAUGUGAGGUUGUGUGCCAUAUUGCGAGAAAUGGCAGCAAUAUAUAUAUGGAAGUUCAUAUGUAUUUCAGUUCCUAUUCUGUAUUUCUCCACUUGAGAAUACAUAAUUAUUGAAACUCGUACUACUCCUAUAUAUAGGAAAUCAAUGCAAAUAAGAGCAAAUAUUUGCAGCUCAGGGUUGAAUUGGCCGGGGAGUGGGGGCACCUUGGUGUUGUUUAAGCUUCAACUGUUUUCUUGCAGAUGUUUCAUUACCCAACUAGGUAACAUCAGAGCUAGAAUGGAGUGGGGUUUGCUCUCUUUAGAUAGAUAGAUAGAUAGAUAGAUAGAUAGAUAGAUAGAUAGAUAGAUAGAUAGAUAGAUAGAUAGAUAGAUAGAUAGAUAGAUAGAUAGAUCUUUUUAUAUGCCCCGUCAGUGUUGGCGGGAGUGUUGUUUCUUGAUCAUUCCUUGAUUGCGCUGUUGUGUAGUGCAAAAGUUACAAUGGGACUGGGAAAAAAAACUUACUUACGACCAUUUUCCACAGUUAUGACCAUUGCAGUAUCUAUCCUCCGUGGUCAUGUGAUUUACAUUCGGAUGCUUGGCAACUGGUUCACAUUUAUGACGUUCACCGUAUCCCGGAGUCACGCAAUCCCCUUUUGCGACCUUCUGACAAGCAAAGUCAGCAAGGAAGCCCGGAUUCACUUAACGACCGUGUGACUGAGAACCGCAGCGAUUCGCUUAACAAAUGUGGAGAGAGAAGUCGUAACGUAACAAAUUCCUUACUCUGCAACUUAAAUUGUGGGCUCCAUUGGGGGCCGCAAGUCGAGGACUCCCUGUACAAGCCACACAAGCUAUGAGAAGGAUAAUGCUAUGUUAUAUUUCAAAAACAUCCGAUUGUAAUGGCCACAUGGUAUCACCGAAGCACACCAACCAACUCCCAUCAACGGCUGCAAGGAAACAGCCAAGCUCGGACAGCAACAAGGACCCCUCAACCAAUGCAAAAUGACUCCGGAUAUAGUUUGUAUAGCUUGCUAAGUCUUUUCAUCAACUUCCUCUAGAUCCUUGAACCAUCAUGGCAAAAGGCGUUCUACACUCUCUUAAGAAAUCCUGUGAUUUAUAAUCUGCACUGGUUCAAGUAAUUUCUGAGUGGCAAAUGAAUUUUAGCAACUCUCGCAUGCCAAACACCUGUUUAAUUCCACAAUGUACAGUGGGCAAUUGGAAAUAUAGAGCAGAUUUUGUCGAAAUUAUUUGGUACACAAGUCUUCCAAGUCACCUUAUAUUUUUUUUUUCACUAAUUUUUUUUUUAAUGUUCAGAAAGAGCUAUUUCAAACGAACAAUUUUUUUUAAAAGUGUAAUGUUUGAUUGUGUUUUGCAAAAAAUGCGGUGGAAUAAAUUACCAAUUCAGUGAUAAUGGAAUCUGACUUCUGUAGUUAAAUGGUUUGUUUGUUGAGUUGAGAAAAAUUCAAAAAAUUUAUUCUCCAGAAGGGCUUCUCGAAAUGUAAUUCUUUGGUUUUUGAUUCUGCUAGAGACGUCGUAGCAGAGACAGCAAAAUGCAACACCUUGUUCCACGUUAUUUUAUCUACCACAUUUAUAUACAACCCACUCCCAUCAGGUUUCAGAUCAUCUUUUAAAAAUACCCCUAAAAACAAUAAUUGUGUAGGAGCUUAUACAGUGAUGCUAAUUUAUUUGUGGAGGAUCGAAAGCUACAUCAUUAAAACAAAUAUUUAAUUCUGUUUCUGAAAUAUUUAAAACUUCACCGGGUUAGGACAAAUUCUGAAUCAAUGUUCAAUAUUUGGAUCUCGGAUGUAAGGGCCAAAAUACCUUUUGAAAUCAGUGAGUCCGUUUUCAAGGUCUAAAUAUUUUCAUUUAGAUACUACUGACAUAUAGAAGACAAAUUUGGUAGGAUUGCAACCUAUCUUAAUGUAAACAUAGAGCUAAAUUAGUUUCCCUAUCUUACAUGUGUUAAAUUUCAGCUUCCACAAUUCUUGGCAAGGUCUAAAGAGGUUGUAGAAUUAAGAUAUCUUGAAGGCAAGUAAUUUUAAAAUGUUAAAAAGUUCUCUGAAUUUCCUUGAUUAAUAACAUUUUACUUUCUUUGUGGCUUAUAUAUUGCAAUUUUACAAACAGGAAACAGCAUCUUUUAAGAGAUUAACAGAGUUGGAAAAGACCUUGCUAGUCAUCUAGUUCAAUCCCCUGCCCAAGUAGGAGACCCUGCAUCUGCCUCUACCUAGGAUCGAACUCACAACCUCCUGAUUGUGAGGCAAGAGCUCCACAUUUUAACAUCUAUCUGGUUGGUUACUGCAUAAAUAUUUCUGGAUUA